AUGUGGUCUAACAAAUUAAAGGAAAUGGAGAAAAAUGCUGAAAUUUUUGAACUAGAAGAGAAUGAUAUUCCCCCUUUGACUGAAUCCCAUCCAGCGUCGCUGAACGAACCAAAUGUUACUUCAUCUGAUAUUUCCCAGUCGUUCUUUGUUAAUUUGCCUCUUUCUUUCUUCCAGUCUGACAUUGCCUCCGAGCCCACAACACUUAUAUCCUGUUUCAAAGAGGGAAUAAAACGCCUCUUGCCAAACAUUCCUCCAACCGGACCAAGAAUGGGAUCAGUAGGUGGUAAUCUCAAGGCCGAUUUCCGAGCUAUCCCAAUCCGAACUUCUCGCCUUCUUCCCUUUUGGCGCCUUGUUUUUCCCGUCACUUUGCUGGGUGUGGGUCAUCAUGUCAUUAGGUCGUUUGUCCAUUUUGGGGUGGUUGCCUACAUGAGACGCGAUCGUGAACCAGAACAACUGGAUGCAGAAGUCAUUGAUUCUGGCGUCAAUCCAAAUGCAUCUCAAACUGAUCAAGCUCUACUAACCUCACAUCGUCGGGAUGCUAUGUUGCAAACUACUUGCUCACUUUUUGUCACUGAUUUGUCAGCUGACAUGGUCUCUUGUCUUGCGGCAGAUGUUAUCGUCUAUCCAUUAGAAACCAUCGUUGUUCGUCUCUGUGUUCAGGGAACUCGAACUCUAGUUGAUAACCUCGAUAGUGGUGAUUCAGUUGUUCCAAUCAUCUCCUCUUUCAAUGGAAUUUUCGACGUUCUCAGAUCAGCAUCAACGUCCCCUUCAGGAUUCCUGGGUCUCUAUCGAGGAUUCGGUUCUCUUCUCCUUCAAUAUGCCGUUCAAAUUGCUCUUCUAGUCGGUGUCAAAUAUGCUUAUGAGUAUAUUCUCUGUAUGUAUAGCAGUCAUAAUCCAGUAGGUCUUCAACAUACUCAAUCGAAUUUACAACAUUCGGCAGGAAUGGCACGUCGAUCUUCAAUUCCCCUUACUGGAGAAUACGACAAUACCACCGCGGGCUAUGGACCGACUUCAUUCUAUUCUUCUACAGCUCCAAAGAUUUUUGAAAACCAACCCAUGCCGACGACAUCAGCGGUGUGGCAGCCUACUCUGGAUUCAGAGAGAUGGAGAUCGUCAGAUCCCAACUUGAACCCCAGUGUAGGUGAUUCCGGACAAAAUUCCUUGACUCGUAAUGCUUUCGCCUUUCGAGGAUUCAAUCCGGACACCUUUAAUCAGCAUAUGCCGUAG